AUGCCGACUUUCUCCUUCUACAUCGAGCAUCAGACUUCGAAGCGUCAACUGCUCUUCGAUUUGGGCGCCCGUAAGGAUUGGGAAAACCACGUCCCUCACAUCAAAACCUUGGUCUCUGGACACGUCCCCGGAAUCCGCAUCUCUGAAAACGUGUUGGACAUUGUGGCCAACGGUGGUGUGAAUCUGGACGGAAUUGAAGCUCUGAUUCUCAGCCACUGGCAUUUUGACCACUGCGGAGCUCCCUCUCAGCUUCCAAAGGGUACCAGGGUCGUUGUCGGUCCUAGAUUCAAGGAAUCGUUCUUGCCAGGGUAUCCCGCCAGAGAAGAUUCGCCGUUUCACGAAGCCGACUUCAAAGAUCGCGAAGUGGUCGAAAUCAGCUUUGACACCGGCUUGAAGAUUGGUCAGUAUCAGGCGUACGACUACUUCGCCGAUGGGAGUCUGUUCAUUUUAAAUGUCCCAGGUCACGCCAUUGGUCACAUUAGUGCAUUGGUCCGAACUACACCGGAUACAUUUGUCUUCCUUGGUGGUGAUCAACCCUUCCUCCGUCCUUCUUCUGGACCAAACAGCUUUUAUGCCGACCACGCAACCUCGAUGAAAUCGGUCGAUGCGUUGAUUGAAUUUGACGCAAACCCCAACGUUUUGAUCGCUAUUGCACAUGAUCCAGCACCGUUGGAUGUCUUUGAUUUCUUCCCAUCGACCAUGAACAACUGGAAAGCCAAAGGAUGGAAGGAGUCGAGUCAUUGGGGUUUUCUCAGCGAGCUGCCCUACAAUGGUACUUGCGUCAGGGGUCAGAGGGUUGACGGUCUUUACGACUCGAAAGGCUCCAAAAUCCGGGGUAUGAGUAUUGAAUAG